CUCCCUCGCCCCCCAAUCCCCCACUUGUCUCCCUUCCCCCGAAAAAGAGGCGGUUGCGCCUCCGCAGUGAUGGGUUCUCCUUUUUACACAUCAGGCGACCCGGCCACCGGCGUCCCGCCUUGUCCGACGCACCCUUCGACGCCCCUGCCAGCGCGACAGCGCCCCUCUCCGACGGACGGGCAGUCCCAUCGGCAGCCCCCCGCACAGGGCGGUCUCUUCCCGCGAACGCCGCUGGCCGCAUCGACCCCCGGGCAGGCCGGGCCCGAUGCCUCUUCGACGGGCCCCGGGUCACCGCCACCCAUGCCGAUGUACCGCCGGGCCAUUCGCGAUCUGGGACCGCUGUUUUCCGGGCCAGAUCUGGCCGCGGCCGAGCUCCUGUCGUUGGAUGGUGCGGCCCCCCCGCUGGAUGCCUCGGCUCCGGACUCCCCCUCGCUCAAGUCCCUGCGACCCUUGCACAGGAUCUCCUCCAUCCGAGUGUCCGGUGUGUCGGGCGCAUCUGGCCUGUCGCGGCGUCCCCUGUCACAUGGUCAGGACGCGUCGCGCUAUCCGAGCUGGUUGAGGCCCAAUCAGCCAUCGCCGUUGCAAAUGCAAACCCUCUAUGCGGCCUGCAGUAGUGGCGACGUGCAUGUUGUUCGUUCCAUCCUGAGUCAAUUCCCUCGAAGUGUUGUCCGGAAGAUGCGCGACCAUUGGGGGCGUGGGCCGCUCCAUAUUGCCGCGGCGGCUGGCCAGCUUGAUGUUGUCACUUGCCUGCUGGAGAUGGGGGUUCGAAUUAAUGUCGGCGACUGCAACGGCACCUUUCCCAUUCAGCUCGCUGCCACAUCGGCCCACCUGGAUGUGGUGGCCCUGCUGGUGCGCGAGGGAGCACAGCUGCACCCGUACGACCUGUCGUUGAUGCUGCGGGCGGCUCUGCGGGCCGCGCGGCAGCGCCUGCGCGCCAGUCGGCGCUUCGUCGACCAGCAAACCGCCCAGGCCGGCGGCGAGGCUCACGUCGAUCCGGCGACCGCGCACCGGGCCAGCACGCGCGAGCGCGACACGCUGUCCAUCAUCUCCGUCAUUUCGGCGGUGCUGGACCGUCUGCGGCCGGUGUCAGCUGAUGGGCAGUUGCUGGCGCUAUCCUCGUCCGGGCGGACCGGCGGCCCGGGGAGCUCCCCACUGGGUGGUGGGGGCCUGUUUUCCGGACCCGGGCCCGGGCCCGGAGCUGGCGAUUCGAAUGACUGCCGAGCUCUGACCCCUGGCACUGACGCCCCGACCCCGGCGUCCUACUGUUUGGAUGAAUUGCGCUCGGCCAUGGCUCUGGUGGAGGCCACACUGCUGGCCCCCGGGGGCGGUGCUGGCAGCGGCGGCACUGGCGGCGGCAGUGGCGGCAGUGGCGGCAGUGGCGGCAAUAGCGGCAGCAGCAGCGGCGGCAUGGGCGGCGGCUGUGCCGGUGGUCCAGGCGGUCCUGGCGACCUGGCCGGGCGGUCGCUGUCAUCGCCGCUGGCGUUGCACCAUCACCAUGUGUUGGCCAGUGGCUCGGGGUCGCUUUCUGACAUGGGCUUGGUCACAGCCGGCUGCCCUUUCAGCGGGGGGGGUUUGCUGCUGGCCGGGCCGGUCGGCCGUGCCGGCGCCGGCGCCGGCGCCGGCGCCAGUGCCGGUGCGCUGGCCCGGCCGCAGGCGCUGCUCGGGGCACCCGGAACCGACACCGAUGCCGAGGAGGCGGCGCUGGAUCGCUUGGAAGCGGCGCUGGCCGGCAUUGCGCUGGUGUCUUCUCGUCACCCGGGGCCCGGGGCUGUCGGCGGGGCUUCGCCCCAGUCGGAGCGCUCGUACCAUCAGCAACAUCAUCAGCACUUCCACACGUCGGUGAACCAUGCUCCGGGAUCAUCCUCCUCGUCCUUGUCCUCAUCAACAUCCUCCUCCUCAUCGUCGUUGUCCUCAUCGCCGAGUGCUCAGACGGCCGUCGCCGGGGCCGGGGGCGGAUCCCCCUUCGGGUCCUUCUCACAGCUUCUCCUGCAGGCACAGUCGCCGCACCAGGCGUUCGACCUGUCCCCGGGAGGGGGCGCUUCGCCGGUCAGCGUCAAGGGGCUCCUGACCCCGGGGCCCGCCGAGGUGGUGCCCGCCCCUGCCCACCACGAAGGUUAG